AUGCCACCCGAGAUGCAAUCGUUCUAUACCCCCAACACGGCAGCCACGCAUCUGUCGCAUGCGCCCGCCGCUGUCGAUGAGCUCAUCGCUAAAUACUCGUCAACCGCAACGCCCGCCGUGUUUGGCACCCGUCGCAGUCGCAACCCAUUUCGGCGAGUGGUGGAUCGCGUGAGGCUGGAGUACUACCGCUACGAAGUCACCUUUGGGAUCUACGUCAUGACCACCAGCGAAAAAGUUAUCGCCAACACCUUUGUGCUGGUGGUUCUGUCGCUGCUCUUCUGGGCCUUCCUGAUCUACUUCCCUCCCCUGCUGUUCCACAAAGUCAGUCGUCUCGCGUGGCUGUUGACCGGUCAAAGCGGCCAGGAGGUGGGUUCCGCCGCGAUGGGGAUUUGGGGCACUGCUGGCACUCCCAUGUCUCCCGCGUCGAUCGUGAAGAAUACUUUACCAUCAUGA